AAUUAUUUGAGUUAAUGAUGAAUCAAGUAUUUUGGUUAUCAGUGUUAGUAUUUAGCAUGAAUUGCAAUACAAUAAUAUCAAUUGAUAGAAGUUGUGUUUGCAAAUAAUUGAAUUUAUUUUUUGAAUGUGCAAGCAAUUGGAAUUGUGUAUGGAAUAACAAUACAAAUAGUUGUGAGUAGAAAGAAUGUUCAAGCAUAAAAGAUUAAUAAAUAUGUUUAUAUUCUUAAAGUUGUCAGUAUAGGAAUGGAAAAUGUGAGUAUUUUACAAAAUGUGAAGAUUUAAAAGGGAAAACAAUUAGUGAAUGUUAUUAGAUGUCUUUAAAUUGUAGAGAGAGUAAUGGUGAACAUUGUUUACCACAUGAUUUUGAAGGAAGAUGUGAUAAGUUUAUAAAUGAAGGAGAAUGUGAUAAAGAUGUUGAUUGUUUAUGGAAAGAUUCAAAAUGCAUUUUAUGGAACAAUUGUUAACAAGCUAAAUAAAAAACUUUAUGUCAAAGAUAGCCAUAUACUUGUGAUUGGUCAGAAACUCUAAAUAUAUGUAAAUAAUAAGAAUGUACAAAAUAUGAUAAUUAAAAUACUUGUUAAAUAGUAUUAUUAGAUCCUAAUAGUCAUUUUUUUAAGAUUUGUACAUGGAAUCAUACAUAAAAUUAAUGUGAAGAAUCUAGACCAGAUGCUUUACCUAGUGAUACUUGUGCAACUAAUACAUUCUUUACCUAUCAUUGGUCGAGUACAAAAAUAAGUGGUUACUGUUAAUAAUGUUUAUCACCAAGUGUUUAAAAACCAUCUCAUAAACAUUGUCUAUGCAAAUCAAUAUCAACUUAAUUAGAUUGUUAAUAAAAUUAAACUUGUACUUGGAAAGAAGGAUCAUGUUAAGAAAAUAAUUGUAGUGAAAUUGAUUCACCUUAAGCUUGUAUUGAAUUAGAUCAUUGUGCUUGGUUUGCUAAUGUUUGUAUAGAAUUCACUCAAUGUGAAAAUUAUAAAGCUUUUUCUAAUUUAGAAUGCUAAUCUAUUAAUAAAAAAUGUUUAUUAUCAGAUAAAUUAGAAAUGUGUACUUCAAAAUAUCUUGAAUGUAAUGAACAUAAAACUGAUGAUAAAUGUAAUGGAAGUAAAAAUUCUAAAUAAGAAUUAUGUUAUUGGGAUGAAAAAAUUAAUACAUGUUAAGUUUGGACAGAAUGUUCAUAAUAAUAAUCAGCUACUUAUUGUGAAUUUAGUGGAGCUUGCGUCUGGAAUGGAAAAUGUUAAUAAAUUUGGUGUUCAUUAUUAAAUGAAUAAUAAUGUAAUCAUUAUUUAACAGCACCUAAUUCCAAAGAGUGGAAUUAUUGUAUGCUUUAUGGAGACACUUGUUAAAAUUUGAAAUCUUAAAAUCUAAGUAGAUAAGAAUGUUAUGCUUUAACAUAUGGAAUUAGUACAUGGACUUCUUCUGGAUGCUAACUGUGCGAAUUUCCAGACGACAAUUACACAAAAAUUCUAACAUAUAUUGGUCUGAUUAUAUCAAUGUUAUGAUUAGAGUUACAUCUUUUCAGAAUUAAUUAUUAUUAUAAUAAUGCAG